AGCUGACCACUGACAGCAAAUUUUCUGGUUCCUUUGCUCUGACAUAUUUACCAGCUGAAGGACUGGUGUAAUCUCAAAACUUCAAAGAACAGAGAGGAAAAACUCAGAAUCUGAAGCUGAAACACACUUUGAUUUUCUGUGGAGAAAGAGAAACCAGCAUAUUUACUGCUGCAAAGAGGACAACAAAGAACAUCUCACUAUGGAUCUCUGAAUUCCAGGAGAACUCGGGCUCUCGUCAUGAUAAGGUGAUGAAGAUUUUCUUUUUUUACUGAUCAACAGAGUAUCUGUUAGGUCUGCAUAAUGGAUGAACAUAAAUGCCAUGAAACAGUCCAAGCUGCAGCAGAAAGGAAGAAUGAUGUUUUACACUCAGCAGCAGAGCCAGAGACCAGAGCUGGAUUCUUAAGAUAUUUGCAUAAAAUUACACUGGAUCCAAACACAGCACAUAAAGAGCUCGUACUAUCUGAAGGGAACCGAAAAGCAACAUUAAAAGAAGGCGGACAGUUUUACUCUUGUCAUCCAGAGAGAUUCACUGAAUAUGAACAAGUGCUGAGCAGAGAGAGUCUGACUGGACGUUGUUACUGGGAGGUGGAGUGCAGAGGAGGAGCAGUUUAUGUAGCGGUCGCAUACAAGAAUUUCAGCAGAACAGGAGGUUUAUAUCACUGUGGAUUUGGACUAAAUGAGAAAUCUUGGGCAUUACGUUGUGACACAAACAGUUAUAUAUUUUACUACAACAAAGUCCAAACUGACCUCUCAGGUCCUCGGUCCUCCAGAGUAGGAGUGUACCUGGAUCACAGAGCAGGUAUUCUGUCUUUCUACAGCGUCUCUGAAACCAUGACUCUCCUCCACAGAGUCCAGACCACAUUCACUCAGCCGCUCUGUGCUGGACUUGGUCUUGUGUGUUAUGGAGUCACUGCUGAGUUCAUUCAAGUUGAGACUGAAACACUGGGUGGACUGAGCUUUUGCUGUUGUGGCCCCAAAAUUAAGGAAUAACUUGCCCCUCCAUGUUAGG